CACAUCAGUAUACGUAUAAAAUACAAAAUACGUACAUAUUUACACGCCAUAUGUACAAAUAUAGAGAUUCGAUUUUUCCUCUUUCCCUUCCCUUUCUUCACUCCAGCUCCAUCCCUGCUCGCCAUCAAGACCUCACUCGGGGAAUAAUAUGUCGACUCCGUCUCGAAAGAGACUGAUGAGGGACUUCAAGAGGUUGCAGCACGACCCGCCUGCUGGCAUCAGUGGGGCGCCGCAGGACAACAACAUUAUGCUGUGGAAUGCUGUUAUAUUCGGUCCUGAUGAUACGCCGUGGGAUGGAGGUACGUUCAAGUUGACCCUUCAGUUCACAGAAGACUAUCCAAACAAGCCACCAACAGUUCGAUUUGUUUCAAGAAUGUUCCACCCAAAUAUUUAUGCGGAUGGGAGUAUAUGUUUGGACAUUCUUCAAAAUCAGUGGAGUCCUAUUUAUGAUGUUGCAGCUAUACUGACUUCAAUCCAGUCAUUGCUGUGUGAUCCGAAUCCAAAUUCCCCUGCAAAUUCUGAAGCUGCUCGGAUGUUCAGCGAGAAUAAGAGAGAAUACAACCGCAGAGUGAGGGAGAUCGUCGAGCAGAGCUGGACGGCCGACUAAGCCUUCCCAAAUGGUCGGUGAGUGGGUCGAGGCGUAUGUAUUGGUGUUUCUCUCUUUGAGUUGGAUUAAAGCUAUUUAGCUUAUAAAUCAUGCCAAGACUGCUGCAUUAUAUCCAUGUAAAUUUUCGAAUUUCAAUGGCCACUGCGUGACUGGAAAAUUGUAAUGAAUGUAUUACUUGGAACAUCAAUCUUAUUUUGCAAUGUUAUUUGAAUUACUGCCUA